AUGCAGAGUUUCCUGGACAUGAACAACGAUGUGGCACUUUGUGACUGCAUCGACGGUUCCAAUGUCUCAGAGCAAUGGGGGUAUGAGAACCUAGACCUCGACGGAUCCAACGAUCUCGAGUGGACAAAACGCAUGAACGACAAAGCUACACAAGCCGCUAAAGGGAAAGGAUGGCUCUUUAUUCAUUACUUCCCAACACAAACCAUCAGCCGUCGGGAGAAGUGGCAAAACCGAGUCCGGAGCAAGAAGGGCCGACUCGGAUGGACUACACCUCAAGAUCUCUUCGAGACACGCUUCCGUUUGAAAGGCUCCCCGGACCCAUGGACCCAGAAACUCAUAUCAUGCUGA